GUUAGGAAGACGAAGAGAUCUGUAACUCCGAUCAGUUCACUUGAAGAGCUUCUGUCUCUAUACAUAUACAUACAAAUUAAUAUAUCUAUAGCUUAUCACCGGCAGCGGAAAUCGACGGUGGUCGGCGAUGGCAUUGGCACCGGGGCUAUCACGGAAGCUGAAGAAAGUGCUGGAAACUCGAACAGACACGCCGGAUCUGCUCGCAUCGCUGAAUACUCUCUCCACAUUCUACACCGAAAACACACCUCAUUCUCGCCGUAACCUCCGAUCCACUAUUGAGAAGCGUUCUCUAUCUAUAAAUGAAGAGUUCCUUCUUUCCUCCACUGCUGCUCAGAAGGCGUUGGAUCGAGUUGAAGAAGAAGUCAAUUCGAUCGUUGAAUGCUGUGACAAAAUUGCACUGGCUUUAAGCAGUUGCAAUGCCACGACAGGUGAUAUUAUUAGUACCACAGAACGGCUGAAACAGGAAUUUGAAAGUACUACACAGAGGCAAGAAAUUGUAUCAUGCUUUCUUCGUGAUUAUCAGCUAUCCCCAGAAGAGAUAAAUGCUCUUAGGGAAGAAGACCUUGAUGAGAAUUUUUUUAAGGCGCUUGCUCAUGUUCAAGAAAUUCAUGCCAACUGCAAAGUGCUUCUCAGGACACACCACCAACGCGCUGGUUUGGAGCUCAUGGAUAUGAUGGCCAUGUAUCAAGAAGGAGCAUAUGAACGCCUUUGCAGGUGGGUUCAGACAGAGUGUAGGAGACUUGGUGAUGUUGAUAACCCUGAAGUCGGAGAACUUCUGAAAACAGCAGUCAGGUGUCUCAAGGAAAGACCAGUACUUUUUAAAUAUUGUGCGGAAGAGGUGGCAAACAUGAGGCACAAUGCGUUGUUUAGGAGAUUUAUAAGUGCUCUCACACGUGGAGGACCUGGUGGACUUCCCAGGCCAAUUGAAGUGCAUGCUCACGAUCCUUUAAGAUACGUCGGUGACAUGCUGGGAUGGUUGCAUCAGGCAUUGGCGUCUGAAAGAGAGCUUGUCCUUGCAUUGCUUGACCCUGAUGCAUCAGAUACUAGAUCAACUAGUCAUCAAUACCCCAAAGGCGUAGAUAGUGAGUCUGGAAAGACAGAAACCGAUUUGACUUUUGUUCUAGACAGGAUUUUUGAAGGAGUUUGCCGCCCUUUUAAAGUUAGAGUGGAACAAGUUUUGCACUCUCAACCUAAUCUUAUAAUUUCUUACAAGCUUAGUAAUACACUGGAGUUCUAUUUAUACACAAUAUCGGAUUUGCUGGGGGAAGAAACAUCUCUAUGUAAUACCUUACUGGUGCUCAAGGACGCGGCCCAAAAAACUUUUUUUGACAUACUAAAGAGUCGGGGCGAGAAGCUUUUGAGGUAUCCUCCAUUGGUCGCUGUUGAUCUUUCUCCACCACCAGCUUUAAGGGAAGGAGUUUCAGUGCUGCUUGAAAUUAUUCAAACACAUGAUAGCAUGAUGUUCCCUGCAUCUGGAAAGAAGCCUGACUUUGAUCCAGCUAUAUCUGCUCUGCUAGAUCCUAUUAUUCAGAUGUGUGAGCAAGCAGCAGAGGCGCACAAGUCAAAGGGUGCCAUACACUCCUCCAGAAGGAAUAGAAUUACUUCUGAUCCAAGUCAACACCGCAGGUCAUCUAUGGAUGCUCUUUUGGAUGGCAACAGUUCAGCAUCUCUACCACAGACCAGUGAAACUCCGGCCAAAAUUUUCCUCAUCAACUGCUUAUGUGCCAUUCAGCAACCACUUUUAGGACAUGAAGUUGCAAGUGGCUAUGUGAAGAAGCUCGGAGUGAUGAUAGACAAUCACAUAAAUGCUCUUGUGGAAAAAGAAGUCGAUGCUAUUCUAAGAAGAUGUGGUUUAUUGAAUAAGAUGUCACACUUCCGCAAGUCAUUAGAAAUUAAUGAAUCUGGUAACUCCAUAGCUAGGCAAGCGUUAGCAGAAGAAGAGGAUACAGCUCCGGUGUCUGUUGCUGAGAGUUUGAAGGCUUUCUUUGGGCUCAUUUUGGGCAGUGAAACCGCCAUUCCUGAAUUUGAGCAGAUGCAAGUUCCAAGAUUGCGAUCAGAAACUAGUGUUCAGGUAGCUAGGUCACUUGCUGAAGCCUACGAGCUUAUUUACAGGGCUAUCAUGGACCCUGAUAGUGGCUACCCAGAUCCAAAAUCACUGGCUAGACAUCCACCUGAUCAGAUAAGAACAAUUUUGGGAAUUUGAUAUUGCAAUGAGUGAGUCAAAAGUGUAAUAUGUAAUACAUCAUUUUUGUAUCAAAGGUACAUCUAGUAUUUGUAUUUUUGACACUCUUUUUUCCAAUUUUUGAUUCAUAUUCUUCAUUACUUCUUUUAUUGUUAGGAAACACUACUUGCUAAAUUUGUUAUCUUUGUGUCAGCAAAAACUCGACUUUGAGUUUCACAGUGUAAUUGAUUCUCAGCCAGAUAAAGGAGGAGAGUUAUUGUAGGCUGA